GCCGGAGCAGAGCUGGGCGAGGGCGGCGGCGGCGGCGCCGGCGGCAGCGGCAGCAGCAGCAGGAGAAGAUGGUGGCGCUGGAGGUAGGAGCGGCUGGAGCCGAGCUUUAUUCCCAGGCUCCGCACCAUCGCUGUCAUUAGCGCCUACUGCUCCCGCGGGCCCGUGGACCCAGCUGUCAGGCAAGCCCCUUGGAGCAAAAUGAGAGCACAGUGAGCAGGCCCAGCCUCUCUCCCAGCCAUCCACGACGCCCACCAUGAACCACUUGGAGGGCUCCGCGGAGGUGGAGGUGACCGACGAGGCGGCAGGUGGGGAGGUCAACGAGUCAGUGGAGGCCGACCUGGAGCACCCCGAAGUGGAGGAGGAGCAGCAGCCGCCGCAGCAGCAGCAGCACUAUGCGGGCCGCCACCCGCGCGGGCGUGUGGUCGAGGACCUCCGCGCGCAGCUUGGGCAGCAGGAGGAGGAGGAGCGCGGUGAGUGCCUGGCGCGCUCCGCCAGCACUGAGAGUGGCUUCCACAAUCACACCGACACUGCCGAGGGCGACGUGAUCACCGCGGCCCGCGACGGCUACGAUGCGGAGCGCGCGCAGGACCCUGAGGACGAAAGUGCUUACGCGGUGCAGUACCGGCCGGAGGCCGAGGAGUACACGGAGCAGGCGGAGGCCGAGCACGCCGAGGCCACGCACCGCCGCGCGCUGCCCAACCACCUGCACUUUCACUCGCUGGAGCACGAGGAGGCCAUGAACGCGGCCUACUCAGGCUACGUCUACACGCACCGGCUCUUCCACCGCGGCGAGGACGAGCCCUACGCGGAGCCCUACGCCGACUACGGCGGCCUGCAGGAGCACGUGUACGAGGAGAUCGGGGACGCGCCCGAGCUGGACGCGCGCGACGGCCUGAGGCUCUACGAGCAGGAGCGCGACGAAGCGGCCGCCUACCGCCAGGAGGCCCUGGGCGCGCGGCUGCAUCAUUACGAUGAGCGCUCCGACGGCGAGUCCGACAGCCCCGAGAAGGAGGCCGAGUUUGCGCCCUACCCGCGCAUGGACAGUUACGAGCAGGAGGAGGACAUCGAUCAGAUUGUGGCCGAAGUCAAGCAGAGCAUGAGCUCUCAGAGCCUCGACAAGGCGUCAGAGGACAUGCCCGAGGCCGAGCAGGACCUGGAGCGCGCCCCUACUCCCGGUGGGGGCCGUCCCGACAGCCCUGGUCUGCAGACACCUGCUGGGCAGCAGCGGGCAGCGAGCACCGCCGGUGGCGAGGCAGGGCAGCGGUACAGCAAGGAGAAGAGGGAUGCCAUCUCUUUGGCCAUCAAAGACAUCAAGGAGGCCAUCGAGGAGGUGAAAACCAGGACCAUCCGUUCGCCUUACACCCCUGACGAGCCCAAAGAGCCCAUCUGGGUGAUGCGCCAGGACAUUAGCCCCACCAGGGACUGUGAAGACCAGAGGCCAGUGGAUGGAGAUUCUCCAUCUCCUGGCAGUUCCUCACCCCUGGGUGCAGAAUCGUCGAGCACACCCCUUCAUCCCAGUGACCCCACGGAAGCCUCCACAAAUAAAGAGUCAAGAAAAAGCUUGGCUUCAUUCCCAACCUACGUUGAAGUUCCUGGACCUUGCGACCCUGAAGACUUGAUCGAUGGAAUCAUUUUUGCUGCCAAUUACCUUGGCUCCACCCAGCUGCUCUCAGACAAAACCCCCUCCAAAAAUGUGCGCAUGAUGCAGGCCCAGGAAGCAGUUAGCAGGAUCAAGCAGAUGGCCCAGAAAUUAGCCAAAAGCAGGAAGAAGGCUCCUGAAGGCGAAUCUCAGCCAAUGACCGAGGUGGACCUCUUCAUUUCUACCCAGAGAAUUAAAGUACUGAACGCCGACACACAGGAGACAAUGAUGGACCACCCUCUGAGGACCAUUUCCUACAUCGCAGACAUUGGAAACAUCGUUGUGCUAAUGGCCCGCCGGAGGAUGCCCCGCUCCAACUCCCAAGAGAAUGUCGAGGCCUCCCACCCAUCACAGGAUGGGAAAAGACAGUACAAGAUGAUCUGCCAUGUCUUUGAGUCUGAAGAUGCCCAGCUGAUCGCACAGUCCAUAGGGCAGGCAUUCAGUGUGGCAUACCAGGAAUUCCUCAGGGCCAACGGGAUUAACCCCGAAGACCUCAGCCAGAAGGAGUACAGUGAUCUGCUCAACACCCAGGACAUGUACAACGACGACCUGAUCCACUUCUCCAAGUCAGAAAACUGCAAAGAUGUUUUCAUAGAGAAGCAGAAAGGAGAAAUCCUAGGAGUUGUGAUUGUGGAGUCUGGCUGGGGAUCCAUCCUACCAACCGUGAUCAUAGCCAACAUGAUGCAUGGAGGCCCCGCAGAGAAGUCGGGGAAGCUGAACAUUGGGGACCAGAUUAUGUCCAUUAAUGGCACCAGCCUGGUGGGCCUGCCUCUGUCCACCUGCCAGAGCAUUAUCAAGGGCUUAAAGAAUCAGUCCCGAGUCAAGCUGAAUAUCGUGAGGUGCCCUCCAGUGACCACGGUAUUAAUCAGAAGACCAGACCUUCGCUACCAGCUGGGUUUCAGCGUCCAGAACGGAAUUAUCUGCAGCCUCAUGCGAGGGGGAAUAGCUGAGAGGGGAGGCGUCCGCGUGGGACAUCGGAUCAUUGAAAUCAACGGACAGAGCGUUGUGGCCACCCCGCACGAGAAGAUAGUCCACAUCCUCUCCAAUGCUGUUGGGGAGAUCCACAUGAAGACGAUGCCAGCGGCCAUGUACAGACUGCUGACGGCCCAGGAGCAGCCCGUUUACAUCUGAGCGUGCCUGGCUCGCCCUCGCCGAGGCUUGCAUGGAGGACUCUCCUCAUCGUGGUUGUGUUUCUGUGCUGCAUCCAUGUGUCCGCUGAGACAUUUUCCUCUCGUGCCCAGCAUUUGGUCUUACACAGGAAGAGAAGAAUCCGCAAGGACCUCUUUGCUCUCUCUCUCUCCAGUUUGCUUCCCCCCCCCUUAAAAUCAGGAAAGUUUUGUAUGUGCUCCCUUGAGGAUAAAUAACAGCCCUCGUCCAUCAGGGAUAUGCCCAGGGCCAUCUUAUAGGACCUUCAAGGGUCCCAAGGUGGCUCUCACUGCCCAAGGGGGAUCAUCCUACCCCAAGAGGCACAGACUGCUUAGAAGGAACUCCCAGGGGCAGUGCAGAUGCUCCCUCAGCAGUGCCUAAAACUCAGUUGCUGAUCUCUGCUCUCUUCCUAUCUCUUGACAGGAAUGAGGCAGGAACAGGGACCAUCCCACAUCAAAGGUAUGCACUGUCCACCAUGCAGUUGGGGCCCCCUAUGUUAUCUCCACCCAGAAUUUCUGAGCCAACCUGCAACCUCUUUCAUAGGUAGUUUUAGUUUCUACAUAUACAUGUGGUCUAAUACAGGCCUCCUCACAUAAGGAUAAAGGGAGAAGUGACAGCCUUGGAUAGGCUGCCCUGGCACUGCAGAGCGCGGCAAUUCACCAGGCAAUUGAAGCUCUGCCAGGUGCCCUGAAGUCACUGGUCAGUAGAUAAUGCAGGCAGGUGCCAUCUGCCUCUCCGUAUAUUACACACACACGCUCUCACAGUAUCUCACAUGCAUAUUGCCCUGCCCUGCUCUCUACCACCAGGAAGGCAAGCUAAAAAUCUGGCACACAGAGCCCCUGGAAACCCACAGCCCCUCUCUGGGAGACCCCUUGCCCUGGCAGGGGUCAGGCAUGCAGAGUCCAAUCAGCCUUGUCCUGAGAGAGAUGCCGUCUCUGGCUGAGGCCUGGCCCUCCUGAUACCACUUGACUGAAAGUGUCUUCUCGGACUCCCCCACCCCUGUACACAUGGGGGCGGGGAAGGGAGGUAGGGAAAGGAGGCAGGGAAGGGAGGCUGGGAAGGCUGUACUAUCCUCCUAGAAGAGAGUGAUGGCAUGUUUCUGGGCCCCAGGUGAGACCAACCUCCUAGUCAUCAGGACCACCAGGCAGGAUGUGAUACCUGAAAGGCCAGAAUAGCCCAUAAACCACAAAAUUAAGGGGUCAGUAAUGACCUCAGAUUAUGCCUAAGAAUCCCCAAAUGUGUUCUGGAAAUAUCUCCCUGCCUGGUGGGUCUGAGGGAGCUUUCAGCUGGUGUGGAAUGUCGUGUUUGCAUCAGGUGCCCCACACUUCUGGAUUCUGUCUCAGUUCAGUGUGGAUGUUUUAGUAAUAUUAUUCUGAGCCAGUUUUCACUUAUUCUUGGUCCAAAGAGCUUUUUUCUUUCUUUUUUUUCAUGUGGGGUGUGACUUGGUUUUGUUUUCGUUUUGUUUCAUUCAUGACCUCAGUAGAGACAGGGGAAGAAAAACUAAUAUAUUUUGUAAUAUUAAUAUAACCCCUGUUCUCUGCAUCUGGGAUAUUUAUGUUGUGUCUGUGGAAAUAGGAAUUCAGAGAUCAAAUGUUAGGUAGGAUGUAUUUAUCUAGAGAACAGAGGGAUUUAAGGGAGAAAAGUGAUCAUAACAAGUUUAGAAAUAUGAGACUUCAGCCAGAGAACAAUGUCAUCCAACCUCCUGGACUUCCUGGACUUUGAGUUUUCUGAAUUAAAAAUCAGAAAAUCCAAAUGUUUGAAAGAAGUCAGCAGCUGAAGUCUCUGUUUUACUGUAAUAAAAAAGCCCCAAUGAAGGGUGGCCACCGGCUGCCCCCAAGUCCUAUAUAGGCAGGAGCUGCUACUGCUGUGGGGCACUGGCUGGGUGGGGCCAUGGGAGCCAGGAUGGGUGAUCUAGGACCCUGGACUUGUUUAAAGGAUACUUAACAGAAUGCUGCCAGGUGACAAGCCCAAGGUCAACCACCAUAAACGUGAGGAUCAGGAACCCCAGUCCUAAUUCUAUUUGCCUUUCCUAAAAUAAUCAAAUUUCAGAGAGUCUAGUAUUAUAAUUAAAUACUAAAGAGUCAGCAGUCCAUCUCUGCCAUGCCAGAAGAGACAGUGGGUAGAACAAGAAUGAAGCAUUAUCAACAUUUCAUACAGCAGAAGCCUUGGAAAAUCAUUGGAAGGGCUCUUGCCAGUCUGUCCCCAGGGUGGCCCCUUGGGGCACCUGCCCAAGCUCCUAGAUAGGACCAGAGAGACCUGCCUGCAAUUGGCCCGGGAUGGGAACUCCAGGAGCACAUCCCUGCCCAACCCCUAAGUAAUUACAGUGAAGUAUCUUCAUCCUAAGGAGAGAGAAAGAGAAAAUACUUUCUAUUCCUAUUGCACAAAAAAUGUUGGAAACUUCAAGAGGUGCUGAAAAGCCAAUUUGUAAGCUCUUCUAGAGGACUCACGUAUUUUAGCAUAAGAGUAAGAGUAUGUCUGCAUCACUUUCUGUUGUGCUAAUCAAUGUGGUUCCUCACACCCGAGUGGAAGCUGUUGGAGCUUGGUACAGGCCCGCCUCGCUGAAAUGUGUUCUUCCUCUGCUAACAUCAGCCUACCUGUGGUUAACCUCAGAAAUGGGAUCUCAAGUGUUAGUCACUCUGUGUCCGAAAGUCCCAAAAGAGGUGGUGGUCUCUUUCCCUUCUGACAUCCCAUAUGUGUGUAGUUACAUGUGUAAAUAUCUCAGCACCCACAUAGCAGGGAUGAUGUACGUGCAGAGCAGCCUGUCCCCAAAAUGCAAGGCACAAAAUUACCCUAGCCACUCUGGCCACUGUGCUGGGACAGGCUAGUGAUUCAGCUUUGGGGACGGGCUCCCAGAUUCACCUGUUCCUCCUGGUCUUCCCAGGAUGCACCAAAAUCCACCCUGCCUCUGCCUUCUCCAAUGGGGACUUUUCAGGGAGCCACCCACCAUCAGCCUUGGGUCAUGAGAGGAAGAAACCCCCCAAACCAAUGCCUGAAGCCCGUUUCCCAGGGGAUCCCCUCCUCCCUCUCCAGAGUGCGCUCAGCAGGGGUAGAGCACAUCCCAGGGCACCUUGUCCCUGUGCACAGGCUUGCUUUCUGAACAUUGCCCAUCAACACUGGCCUUCAGGGAGUCCAGAGUAACCUACUACCUCCCCCAUUGCUCCUCCUCCCUCUACACCCCCACCACACCCAACGCUCCCUGUGGCAAGCUAAUGAAAACCCACCCACCUGCAGAGCCCUUCCUGGGUCUCUCCACCCAGUGGUGUGGCCAUUACCAAUGUUUACAACCAAGGGCCGCCUCGUCCUGAUGUAUCAACUCUCACCUUCACCAGGCUACUUGUUGGUUAGUUUCACCUCCGUCAGCUCCUUCCCUGCUGGAGUCCACUUGAGCACUCAACCCUUGAUUUUAUUCCCCCCUCCAUCAAGGCAGUGUGUGAGGACUGUGUGGGAAUGAAAUCUCUUGUACAUACUUAGCACAGCACCUAGAGUAUGAACUUGUACUCCCGUUCAGUAAAGAGGGUGCAUAGAGCUUACUGUAAAGCGUGGGGAGAAGUAUUGUAUUUGUAACAAUAUCGUUCUUUGUAUACACAAAACUCAAUGAUCUCUAUAUAUAAAUAUAAAUAAAUAUAUAAAUAAAAUAUAUCUACACGUGAGCCUGGAAUGUUGACACCGCACACCCACUGAAUGUAUUUCCUCUUGACAGUCUGGUCACCGGUCCUGGCCCUCCCUCCCCUUCUCUGUACCGUGGCCGCAGUUGUCUGGUUUGGGGUUGUGAUGUAUUUAAUGUGCUAUCUCCUUUAUUUAACUGAACGCUAAUGUCUGUAUAAGAGUUGCUGCAACAAUAAACAAGAACUUCAUCUCUUG